AUGUCUUCAUGCAGACAGAACUAUCAUGAAGAGUGUGAAGCUGGUGUUAAUAAGCAAAUUAAUAUGGAACUAUAUGCCAGCUAUGUUUAUAUGACUAUGGCUUUUCAUUUUAAUCGUGAUGACGUUGCGCUUAACGGUUUCUAUAAAUUCUUCUUAAACGAGUCUGAAGAGGAGCGACAACAUGCGAUAAAGUUAAUGACUUACCAAAAUAUGCGGGGUGGUCGGAUUGUGUUACAAGAUAUAUCGGCACCUCCCCAACUCUCAUGGAAUUCGGGACUUCAUGCUAUGCAGGAUGCUCUUGACUUGGAGAAGAAGGUCAAUCAGAGUCUGAUGGAGUUAGUGGCUGUUGGUGAAAGGCACAGAGAUACACACUUUUGCGAUUUCAUUAAUAAUGAAUAUUUGGAGAUUCAGGUACAGUCUAUGAAAAAGCUUUCCGAUUACAUUACUAAUCUCAUUCGUGUUGGCAAUGGUCUUGGGGAAUACACCUUCGACAAAGAAACCCUACAUGGCGAGAGUCAAUAA